AUGGAGUAUACGUUGUUCUUCCGACGAUUGAGUUAUGGCUCUCGUAUUGCUCUCCUCUGGAUCUCUCUGGCUUCUGCUCUUACCAAAGCAGAAUCGAGCCAGAAUCCUGUUCGCGAUAACUGCUCAGCAGUUGGAACUACAUUUGACUUCAUAAUCAUUGGCGGAGGGACCGCUGGACUGACCGUGGCAACUCGACUUAGUCGAAAGCUCGGAAAUGACUGUAUUCUUGUCAUAGAAGCAGGCUCAGAUGGACGUCAAGAUCAAGGAAUCAUCAAUCCAGGCAGAAGAGGUUCUACAUUCGGCACCAAAUAUGAUUGGAAUCUCACAACCACGCCUCAAGCAGAUGCAAACAAUCGAUCUAUCAGAAUGACCAGAGGAAAGGUUCUUGGAGGCUCAUCGGCACUAAAUUUGAUGGUAUGGGAUCGUGGAGCAAAAGCUGAUUACGAUGCGUGGGAGGAGCUGGGGAAUCCAGGAUGGAAUUGGAGAAAUAUCUAUCGAAGCAUGCUGAAGGUGGAAAAUUUCACCAAAUCGCCAGAAUACGGGGCUGAUGGUGUCGCUCAAGGCGGUUACAUUCAAACUCUCAUCAACCGCAUCGUACCGACGCAUCAAUUAUCAUUUCCGCCAGCAAUGCAGAAGCUGGGAAUCGCAAACAAUAGAGAAUCUCUUGAUGGUAAUCCAGUUGGGGUUUCUCGGCAGCCAAGUAAUAUCCGAGAGUUAGACUAUACUCGAUCGUACAGCACGGAGUACCUAGAACAUGCCAACUCAAAUCUUGUUCUCCGACUCAACACUCGUGUCGCGAAGAUCAAAUUCAACAAUCAGCGGAAAGCCACGGGUGUUGUUUUGGAGGAUGGCACCGUGAUUGAGUCCUCGAAAGAAGUCAUCCUCUCCGCCGGCACGUUUCAGUCGCCUGGGUUGCUUGAGAUUUCUGGAAUUGGUGACAAAGCUGCUCUUACCAAGGCUGGAGUGGCACCGUUGUAUCAACUACCAGGUGUUGGCGAAAACCUGCAUGAUCAUCCGCGAACAGCUGCAUCUUAUAUCCUGAAGCCUGGUUUUGUGGGAGUGGAUCGUCUGAAGUUCAACACCACGUACGCGGCUGAGCAAAUAGCACUCUACAACGCCAAACAACCUUCCAGGUAUGAUUACACUGGUAGUGGCUUUGUUUACGCACCGUGGUCGUCCGUAUCUCCCGAUGCGCAAUCAUCAGUCGCGGCUUUGGCAAGGAAAGAGGUUUCGCGAGCCUCAUCAGUCACCUUGAGAAAAACUCUCCAACUGCUAUCCGAUUCCUCAGUGCCGCAGAUAGAAGUAAUUUUCUCAGAUGGCCUAACAAGUAUCAAGGGAUAUCCACUACCUGGUGACCCGUUAUACGGAAUCGAGACUUUUACGUUAAUUGCUGGCCUCAUGCAUCCAUUUUCUAGAGGAAGUGUGCAUAUUGCCUCCCCAAACAUAUCGCUUCCGCCAAUUAUCGAUCCAAAGUAUCUUUCUUCGCCGACAGAUCGAGCUGCACACGUUGCACUAGCGAAAUACAUUCGAAAGAUAGCUAACACGGCACCGUUGAAAGAUGUCUGGACAGCUGAAUUCGAGCCUGGGCCAGCAGUUCAAACUGAUCUGGAAUGGGAAGCAUACUCGCGUGCAUCAGUGAGCACCUUUUACCAUCCAGUGGGAACUUGUGCCAUGUUACCUGAAAAAGAUGGCGGGGUUGUAAGUUCUGAGCUCAAGGUCUAUGGUACCAAAGGAUUGAGAGUUGUGGAUGCGAGUGUGAUGCCGAUUUUGGUCAGUGGACAUAUUCAAACUGCUGUUUAUGGGAUCGCGGAAAGGGCUGCGGAUAUAAUCUUGGCAGCGUGGACUUGA